AUGCAUCUAUCGAGUGAAGUGAGUUCGACUACUAACGGGUUGGGGCACGAGGCGCCGUCAUCUAGCUACGGAAAUGCGCUGCCAAGUCAGCCUUUAACGGCAGAGCUUCUGGCGGAGAGGACCCUGGAAGGUCUAUUAGCGGAUCAUCCCGGCGAGUUGGUGAAAACUGGCUGUCCUCAUGUUGUGUGCACUGUGCUACCCCCACACUGGCGAUCAAAUAAGACUUUACCAAUGGCGUUCAAAGUGGUAGCCUUGGGUGAUGUUGGUGAUGGCACAUUAGUGACUGUGAGGGCUGGUAAUGAUGAAAACUGUUCUGCAGAAUUAAGGAAUUGCACUGCAGUGAUGAAGAAUCAAGUCGCUAAGUUUAAUGACCUGAGGUUCGUUGGGAGAAGUGGUAGAGGUAAAUCCUUCACGUUGACAAUAAUGCUUGCCACGUCGCCGCCGCAGAUAGCGACCUAUCAAAAAGCGAUCAAGGUCACAGUGGACGGUCCAAGAGAACCUCGCUCGAAGACCCGUCACCACGGCUUCCAUCCGUUCCACUUCGGUCCACGCUUCGCUCCAGACCCGCUGAUGGGUUCACUACCAUUUAAAUUAUCAGGUAUAGCUCAUCAAUUAGCCGGACUACCCGGUGGCGAGUGGGGAGCGCUGGCUCGACACUACCCACCGCCGUUACUACCCCCACAUGCUCAUUUCACUCCACACGUGUUGCCCUCUGCGCACGCGCAACACCACACUGUACUCCCAACACCGCACGAAACAGAUCUAGCGUCGGAAAACCCAGCUGCAGUGCACCCACACAGCACGACAAGUCCAGUUCAUUCAGGUCCGUCUUCACCGCAAGAUGACGAUGACAUAUCGGUCACCGCUUCAAGCAGUCCACCGCCAGACGAUCGUCCAGGCGCAUUCACAUCAGUUACCAGACCGAGGAAACCACUGCAGCCCCUUCCUCCACCCUCAAGUCUUUUCCACAGCGCUCUAGCAGCGCAAUUAUUUCUUAACUCUCCACUGCUUCCGACACCACCCGCUUGGUUAUACUCCCAACUCUAUGGAGGUUAUGAUUGGUGGCUGAGACCUCCAGCACAACAAGACGACUUAAAUUCGAAUCCCGAAGAGGAAGGUCGUUCCACAGCAUCCAGCUCAACGAAGAAGAGACCCGCCUCCCCAGAUUGGUCAGAUCCUCACAGAACUCGCAGCAAGUCACUAAUAACUUCAGAUCGAAGACCGGUGGACGUAUGGCGUCCGUAUUAGUAAGAGUUUUACUUGAACAAAAUUACAGGAACUAUUUGUAUAGUGUUGGUUGAACUACCGUCCGUUGUGCAGAUGGACUUCAGAGUACGUAGAACUUACGUAGAACAAAUAUAAAUACGAAUUCGAUAAAAUAGUGAUAAAAUAUUGAUGUUUUUACGUUAGAUAAAUUAAUGUGAAUUUCAAAUUGUAAUGUUUUAAUUAUUGUUGAUUGUAUUAUAAUGCAAGGUCUGUAAAUAAAGUUAUCGGAGAUUUUUAA